AUGGCUUCAUUAUUCGAAGACAAUCAAAAAGGUGAUAUGGAAGUGCCCGAGGACGAUUCAGAUCGGUUAACUUUCACUCCUCUGGGAUCUGGUCAAGAAGUGGGACGUUCAUGUCAUUAUUUAACAUUCAAAGGCAAAAAAAUCCUGUUGGAUUGCGGGAUUCAUCCGGGCAUGAGUGGAGUUGAUGCACUUCCUUUUGUUGACUUCGUAGAUUGUGAAGAGCUUGAUCUUUUAUUGGUAACGCAUUUUCAUUUGGAUCAUUGCGGUGCAGUACCAUGGCUUCUGGAGAAGACAGCAUUCCGUGGUCGUUGUUUCAUGACUCAUGCCACGAAGGCUAUAUAUCGUAUGCUUAUUGGCGAUUACCUCAAGGUAUCAAAAUAUGGUGGUGGAAGUGAUAAUCGACUGUUGUACUCAGAAGAGGAUCUGGAGAAAACAAUGGAAAAAAUUGAGGUGAUCGAUUUUCAUGAGCAAAAGGAAGUGAAUGGAAUCAAGUUUUGGUGUUACGUGGCAGGCCAUGUGCUUGGCGCAUGUAUGUUCAUGAUUGAAAUUGCUGGAAUUCGUGUUCUGUACACAGGAGAUUUUUCACGUCUCGAAGAUCGACAUUUAUGUGCUGCAGAAUUGCCGACGGUCUCACCGGAUGUUCUGAUUUGUGAAUCGACAUAUGGAACACAAGUGCAUGAAGGUCGUGAGGAACGUGAAAAGCGGUUUACGAGUACAGUGCACGAAAUUGUUGCUCGUGGUGGUCGGUGCUUGAUACCAGCGUUCGCACUUGGACGUGCACAAGAGUUGUUACUGAUUCUGGAUGAAUACUGGGAAGCACAUCCUGAACUGCAAGAUAUCCCAGUCUAUUACGCAAGUUCGUUGGCUAAGAAAUGUAUGGCUGUAUAUCAGACGUUCGUGAGUGGCAUGAACAGUCGUAUCCAGAAGCAAAUUGCCCUCAAUAAUCCAUUCGUCUUCAAGCAUGUCUCAAAUCUGAAAAGUAUCGAGCAUUUCGAAGAUGUGGGUCCAUGUGUGGUGCUGGCAUCACCGGGAAUGUUACAAAAUGGUCUUAGUCGCGAACUGUUCGAGAAUUGGUGCACUGAUUCAAAGAACGGUUGUAUUAUUGCUGGUUAUUGUGUUGAGGGUACUCUUGCCAAGCACAUUUUAUCAGAACCAGAAGAAAUUAUUACAAUGAAUGGUCAAAAAUUGGCAAUGCGAUUGCAGGUGGCGUACAUAAGCUUUUCGGCGCAUACGGAUUACGCACAAACAUCGAAUUUUGUUCGAAGUUUACAUUCGCCACAUCUGAUAUUGGUUCACGGUGAAAUUAACGAAAUGAAUCGGUUAAAAGCGGCAAUCGUACGACAGUACGAAGAUGAUGCUGAUCUCCAUAUUGAGGUUCAUAACCCACGAAAUACCGAAUCGAUUGAGUUGCAUUUCCGUGGUGAAAAAACUGCCAAGGUGGUUGGAAAAAUGGCGAUAAAUGCACCGAAGGAUGGUGAAUUGUUGAGCGGUGUUUUGGUGAGACGAAAUUUCAAUUAUCAUUUGAUGAAAGCGGAUGAUCUGAGUGCUUAUACGGAUCUUUCAAAUAGCGUUCUGACCCAAAAGGAAAGUGUUCAUUAUAGUGGAACUAUGUCACUGUUGCUACAUAAUCUACAGCAAAUUUGUGGUGAUGUAGAGUUUAUCGAAUUGGAUAUGAAAGAUGGUACGCAACCAUCUCAUCUCAUCCAGAUGUUCAGUGGUCAUGUCCGGGUGAAUAUGUAUUAUGCACAGCAAGUAGCCGUUAUCGAAUGGACUUGUAAUCCAGUGAACGACAUGUUUGCUGAUGCUACUUUAGCAGCGAUUUUACAUGCGCAUACGAAUCCGAUUCCUGAUAAACAACUGAACAAAUGGAACAGUGAAAUCGAUCUGAUGGGAUCAAUUCGUAAGACUUUGUUUGAAGUAUGUGGUGAUGAAGCAGUGGUUCAUAUCGUUAAUGGUUCAAUCCAGAUUGAAGUGGACGGGAAACAGGCAUCGAUUGAUAUUGAAACUAUGGCGAUAACGUGUAGUGAUCAGUUGCUGUAUCACCUCCUCUCAUCGAUCACUCAAAAAAUAAUUUAUGCACUAACACCGGUUUGCAGUGCUAACACCAGCACUAGUAAUCACAGUGGUGGUAAUAUUAAUGUAAAGAAUGAAGUUUCAAAAUGA